GACCUCGCAUGUAGACGGUCAGGCUCCUCCGGAGGACUGCCACUUUGUGCCCCUCGAGCUUUUGCAGAGGACAUACGGUAGCGAGCAGGAGGGCGUAAUACCUUCCACCGCCGGCCGUAGAAUUCAUGUGCUGCAAGCCCGGCUGGGAGAACUCUCCCGGCGCCUCUCCGACCUGGGCCGGGUUGGCGAUGUCUACUCUUGGGUUCCCCCGGCUGAUGCCGAAGUGCCGCCGGAUGUUUUGCCUGAGGAGCAGCAGCCCUAUCAACCAGCCCAGGCGGACCGUCUGCAGAUCAGUGGCCGGGGGUCCUGGGAUCCUCUGCCCUACCUUCCCCCAGACCUUCAGAUGGCUUUCGCUGAGCCACGCAGCCUGUUGUUUGGAGGGCUUCCCAGCCAGGAGGUGUUCCCAGACUGCUCUCGCGAGGACCCGGCCGAGACACUUAAGCUGGCCCUGCUCUGGUCGGCCCAGGGUUUGCUGCACCUCGAGCCGUUCUCCUCCAGCCUGCACCCCUCCUGCUAUACCAGAAUCUUUGCGGCCCGCAAGGCCUCCGGGAAGCUACGACAGAUAGGGGACCGCCGAGGACCCAACUUUGCUGAGGUGCUCCCGCCAUGCUGGACCUUUGCCGCCGUCUGGGCCUACCCUCGCCUGAUAAUAGACGACUUCUUUGCAGUCGCUAAAGUGAGCCGGGCCGAACAUGAAAGGCUCACUCCUCUCUCGGAGACACCCGCCAAGGCGUGCAUGAGCAAGGCCCUCCGGGCCUAUCAAGCAGCAGGCCUAGCAGGAUCGCCUGAGAAAGACGUGACCAACAGUGUGCUGGGCACGGUGGCUGGCGCAGAAGUAGACAGCAGAGGCAGCACAUUAGCCAGAGGAGCCUGCUUAGUUGGCGCCCCCAGGUCGAAACGCUUCGUGUUGUCUGACCUUAGCCUGGAGGUCUGUUGUUUGCCGGCAACCACAGACUCGCUGAACGCAUGUUUGCUGGGCAGCUGGACGUCAGCAUUCACGUUUCGGCGUCCGUGCUUUUGUGUCUUUGGUCGCGCUUUCGCCCUCUCCCCUCUUGGAGAGUUAGACCCGGCCGCCCCGAAGAUGCUUAAGCUGCCCCGCGCUGUCGCUCAAGAGUUUCAGCUCGCCGCCGCCCUGGCCCCGGUCGCGUGCUCAGACGUUGCGGCUCCCUUCGCUGUUGCGACAGAUGCUUCGGAGUCCAAAGGGGCCUGUGUUUCAGCUCCUCUGCCGGAGCACCUGCGUAAAACUCUUUGGGCCACGGCCGACCGAAAAGGGGCGUAUGCUCGUGUGUGCUCCCCGGCCCAGGCCCUGCUGCGACGUGCAGAUCCGAUGUUUGAGGAGAAGCCAGCUGAGGGCAAUGCAGAGCCAGAGCGCCCUCUGGCUUUCCUGUUCGACUUCCUCGCUGUCGGGAGCCGGUCAGGUUUAGUUCGGGAAGAAAUCGCCAGCAGAGGGUGGGUCGCAGGCCCCCUCAUUUCCGAGGCCAUUUCCCCGCAUUUCUGCUUAGGCCUCCCUCGGCUUCUUGACUGGAUUUACUACCUCAUCGAGGAGGACCGGGUGCGGGCUAUUUACGUCGCGGUGCCUUUCGACUUGGGCCUUGCCUCCUUCCGCCGCGGCCUGGCCAUUCUGCUCAAAGCCCGGGCAGCUGACGUUGCCUUUUUGUUUGAGGGGUCGAAGAAGUAUCAGCUGCUUCCUGUGUUUUUGGGGCCCCGUGGAGAGUUGACCAAGUGUGGCGGUGGAAAGGCCAGGCACGCCACUCGACGAACCUCCGCCAUUGCUCUAGCCGCUGGCCUCUAUCAUGGAGGGAUGUACUGCCCCACCAGGCUGAUCCCGGCUGACAACCCCAGGCUGCGACGCUGGGCCGCGAAUUGGGCCCGGCUUGUCUUUGCGCUCUGGCCGCCGGUUGCUGACCUCCCUUCGUGGCCAGACGGUGGGAGACAUCGAUCUCUUCCCUUCCGAGGUUUUGCCCGCCAUGUCGGCUUCGACUCCACCCUCGGCUUCCCAGGCGAGGGGCCGGCCUCCUCGUGGACUCUGGCCGUCACCUUUGGACUUCUUGGACUUACCUCUGCGUCCCCUGGUCGGGCUGGGUUCAGGCUUCAGGGUUUUGUCGGGUUGCUGUUCUGCGUAGAGCCCCGCGCCGCCAUGGAUACUGCAAGGGCCCGCCGGACUGAAGCCCAAAGAAAGGAGGCAAGAGCCGGCACUUUCCUGGAGAAGGGGCGACCCACGCUGGCGACGACGAGGAACCGGAGGGAGAAGCUGCAAGAGCUCUUUGAAGUUUGGCUCCGCCAGAGGGGCCGCACGUGGGCAGGUCUGUUGUCUUUGGCCAGGUACGACAUCGAGCAGCUCAACGAAAUUUUUAUAUGGUAUGGACAGUGGCUAUACGCUGAGGGCAAGCCCUAUUACCAUCUGUCGGAAACCAUUAACUGUUUCUCUGUGGCCUGCCCUCACGCUCGCCGCCAACUCCAGGCAGCGUGGGAUAUAGCCUACGCUUGGCAGCGAGAAGAACCGCCCACGCACCACACCGCGGUUCCCUGGCAAAUUUUGGCGGCGAUGUUGUCUGUGUCCAUGCUGUGGGGCUGGAUGGACGUUGCAGGCAUCCUAGCUAUAUGCUGGGGCGGCUUGGCCCGAGUGGGAGAAGCAACAGCGGCCCGCCGUAAGGACCUCGUGCUCCCGGAGGACGUUGGCACCGAGUGUGGGGCAGAUGGUUCCAUGGUGCUUAUGGCCGUCAUGGAGCCCAAGACCAGGUUUAAAGCAGCUCGACACCAGUGUGUCAAAGUGGACCAGCCCCAGUUGGUCAGGCUGGUGAGGUUGGCUUUCCAUGGCCUGCUCCCUGACGAGAAGCUCUGGCCGAGGUCAGGAGCCGCACUGCGGGCGCGCUUCCAGAAGCUCCUGGCAGCCUUAGGCUUGUACCCUAACUCGGUGCCCAACGUCAAGGGUUUUGACCUGGCCAGCUUGAGGGCGGGCGGCGCUACUUGGUUGAUGGCCUGCCUUGAAAGCCCGGACGUCGUCCGACGCCGUGGCCGCUGGGUGUCGGCCAAGGUCAUGGAAAUCUACAUUCAGGAAGUGUCGGCUAUGAUGUUCCUUCCGAGGCUUGGCCCGGAGCAGAGAAGGUGCAUCUUCAACUGGGCGAAUGUCUUCGACGAGGUUCUCGACUAUGUCGCCUGGUGCCAGACCCUAGCAGUUCCAGCUAGGUCCUGGCUAUUUCUCCUUCAGCAAGGCGUUCUACAUGCUUGA